AUGGCAACUGUGCAAGUGACUCGCCAGUCCCGGCUAGCAGAUGAUGCCGCGACUGCUGCCCUUUUUGUGACACAUCCUAAACGUAGGGCAUCUCUGCGCGAUCCGACUGCAACCAACACCCAGCACUUCAACCCACGCACGGUGGGCGAUACUCCAAACCUCAGCCACGCCUCCGCUGCCUCGGCCCUCGCACACGCGAAUCGCAAACCUGUCGAAGUAUGGCGGCCCCCAACUAGACAGCCUGUCGCCGAGAAGGCCGCACUAUGUGUGAAGGACUACGCCCCACCCCAGCAACCCCAACCCACAACUCAGCACAGCGCAGAGGGACUGGGAGCUGCAAUGCUCGCUGUUCGUGAACAGAGAGCAUCGGUCUGUCAGGGCCCUACGUCCGCUGGCCAUAGGCGUGGCAGCUCAGCAACCGAUCGUUACUACCCUACAGCCGUCGGUGGAAACCCGAAGGACAAGGCGCUCCAGGCUGCAUCGGGCGCUUACACGCUCUCGCGUAAAAGAGCCGACUCUGCACCCAGUGACCCGGGAGUUACCUCCGAAUUACCAUAUGGCCGUUCAGCCGCUGGCGCAUCGCGACAUGCUCGCGUGGAAGAUGAGGGCCCCCUUGAACACUUGGACCCUGCUAUGGAAGCAAGCCGGAUUAAAUAUGCCGCUAAAACUAACCCAAAGCUGUAUACUUCAUUGCCACCUAUCCAAAGCGAAAUUGAGGAACAAAACUACAAGAACUCGCAACGCGCUGCUGCCAUCUCCAUGGCAAAGGACAUGUACAGAGUCACCGGUACCAAACAGCAAGCCGGCCAAUCUCCCGCCGUCUUAGCAGCCCAAAAGGGACAGAGUCAACUAGGUUACCGCAAGACCGUAUCCACCGCGGAUGGUGCUGCCGUCCGGCGUGCGAUCGCCCUACAAGAAGCAGCGCAGAAGCGAGCCGCCGAGAAGCUGGCUCUUAUGCGGGAUGAGAAUGCAGACUACCAGCAAUACUACGGCACCGCGCCUCAACCACAACGGUCGCGCUUGACUACCCGUCGUAAGAGAACUUCGAGCGAUGCGGAGGCCUCUCAGACCGACGCAGAGCAGUCGCGACAGAUCCGGAGCCAGAUGACCAGCCUGCAGAGCAAGUUGGACCAAGUAGAUGUGCGAAAGACGAAGGAUCGUGAACUGCUUAUGCAGGCUGCCCGCCGCAAUGUGAACCAAACCCUGCAGGACAUGGAGGCACAAGUUUACGCGGACACCGGUCGUGCUCCGCCUUCCGUGCAGAAGGGGUGGGAUGAGGUUGCCCAGGAACGCGUGCGACGGGAGGCAGAGGACUUCGAAGCCACUACCGCCCAAGGGAAUCGAGUGAACAUUGGCGGCCAAAAGUAUAUGGACAUGGCCGACAUCGACGCUGUCGCUCGCUCCCGCCUCCAGCCUGCUUUCAAUGAGAUUACUGAGAAUGCCGAGCUACGGAGAGCCCAUGAUAUCGAAGCUCGUCUGGACGCUGAGGAGGAGCAGAGACAUGCUGCUGUGGAGCGUCAACGCGAAGCUGAUGUGAAAGAGUUGGAGAAGCAGGAAAAAGGUGCCAGCAAACGCGACAGCAAAUCCGAGGGCAAGCUUCCCAAAUUCUUGUUGUGGAGGAAAAAGGGCAAACGAGCUCGAGUUGAGGAAUCCCAGCCCGACGAGACUCAAGCCGUCUCGCCUGUUAGCCAAGGAGCUAUAGUAGAGCCGGCUCCGACUACACCCGUGUACAACCAUGCCUCGACGGACACUAUCCCCGACCAAGAUUCUAUUGGAGCAGAGAACAAUGUCUCGACGGUCAGCAUCCCCGGUGAAGCUUCUACUGUGACAGAGACAGCCGGCCCCGCAACGGGUGUUGCAUCCGUCUCCUCGGCCCCAGAGACUGAACCUGCAAAGCCCGAGGAAAACGACGUCCCCGCGGCAAUCCCACGGCGACCAACCCGAAGCCAGACCGAGCCUCCCCAGAUCGAGCAGCGAGAUUUAGCCGCCUCAGACCCAACAAUUGUGCACUACUUCACGCCACCAGUCACAAGCCCCCGCGCCGACACCAAGCUCAAGAACUGGUUCCGUGAUCGCCUCGUUCGCCGCUCCAGUGGCCCAGUCCCCGUCUACCCUCACCAGCCAGGCCCGGACUUCAACGCAGACAACGAACCCUCCUUUCAAGGCGGUGUCUCUCUAACCGGCCGCGACGAGCCCCGUGGCGCAGCACUUGGUUCACACCCUCUCGUGGCUGAACCUAUCCCCAUUCACAACAGAUCUUCGAGCUACUACAGCAAUGACUUGGAUGUGGCCAAGAUUAACAGUGCCGAGUCUUUGCCGAACUCUACCAGGCAAAAUCACAAUGGCAAGAAGAGGAACCGUCUGAGCAGGACAUUCUUCAAGGCUGUCUCCCGUAGCCCUGACGGGUCGAACGAUGGUGACUCCCGUCGUGACUCGGGGGUUCAAUCUUCGUCUAAGGGUAUCGGCGGAGGUAAUAUCCAGAGUCUACAGGAUAGUACUAUUGGGCAGAGUCUUCCUGGCGGGAAAAGAGAAUCGAGAUUCUCCGAGAAUCUGUGA